GGGGGAACCCGCGGGGCCACUUGGAGGCUUGGGGAGGGGAGGGGAGCCGGACAGGAGAGCAAAGACCCAGGCAGCUUGGGUCGCUCCUCUUCAUCACUUAAUUCUGAGGGCGCUUGAGUUUCUGAGCUUCCUGGAGUAGAGCCCAGGGCGGCUUUUACCUUGAUGUGCUGAUCGGUUGCCUGUCGGUUGCAGGAGACCCCCGGCCUCCUGCAGGGAAGAUCCUGUGCUGUUUUCCCAGGGAUGGAGAGAAAAGCACCAACCCCAAGCCCCGCGUGGCUGAGAGCUGUUUGCCUCCAUCUCUGUCCGAGCUUUUCACCACAGCUCUGUGAAAGAGAAACUGGCAGUGAGGGGUAUAGCCAUCUUGGUGUGUGUAUGCGCACGUGUGUGUGCAUGUGUAUUUGUGUGUGUGUGUGUGUGCGUUCAAACACUGACGUUUCAGAGGCUCUGGUUACUGCUGCAUGGCGGAUGAUCCUCUCUCUCUCCCUCUCUCUCCCCCUCUCUCUCCCUCCCUCUCUCCCUCUCGACCUGCUUGCCUGCCUGCAGAAAACUAAUGAAUCAUGUCUAGCUGAAUGCAAGCAGUGCAGACACACCAAUGCCCUGCAAUGUUGACUGGGCGCCGCCUCUGCCUGCCUCUCGCUCCCUGUCUCUCCCUCUGCUGCUCCCUCCCUCCCUCUCUCCCUCUCCCCCUCCUCCCUCCCUCCCUCUCUCCCUCUCCCCCUCCUCCCUCCCUCCCUCUCGCCCCCAGUUUGUAAUCUGACACAGUACACUGCAGUUGUCUCCGAGGUGAACCUCCGGAGCCUUGGCACAGCUCGCUUCUAAAGCUUGGAAAUGACCCGCCACACCUGAAGCCUGCAGGUGCUGAGGCCACAUUCGAUCAGACCCAAGCUUUGGGAGACCGCUGGGGAAAUUUCCCACUUCCUCUUCUGAGACCAGGAACUCAGCAGAGAAACUUUGUGGAAAAUGAACUGAAGGAUGCCACCCAGGGAGAGUAUCUCCUGAGAUCCCAUCAUGCAGGCCUUCCCACAAGGGCCCGGCAGCAUGACAAGGUGAAGGCAGAGUAUGUGCAUCUCAACCACCCGCUCACCCUCGUGACCAGAGAGCGCGAUUUGGCCGUGAAGGAGAAACACCAGCUCCAAGCCAAGCUGGAGAACCUAGAACAGGUCCUGAAGCAUAUGCGAGAGGCGGCUGAACGGCGGCAGCAGCUGGAGUUGGAGCAUGAGCAGGCCCUGGCUGUUCUCAGUGCCAAGCAGCAGGAAAUUGACCUUCUGCAGAAGGCUCAGGUUGAGGCUAAGAAGGAGCAUGAAGGCGCAGUGCGGCUGCUAGAGUCCAAGGUUCGAGAGCUGGAAGAGAAAUGCCGGACUCAAAGUGAGCAGUUCAACCUGCUGUCCCGGGACCUGGAGAAGUUCCGGCAGCACGCUGGGAAGAUUGACCUGCUGGGUGGCAGCGCGGUGGCCCCCCUGGACAUCUCCACGGCCCCCAGCAAGCCUUUCCCACAGUUCAUGAAUGGCCUAGCCACCUCCCUCGGCAAAGGUCAGGAGAGCGCUAUUGGAGGCAGCUCUGCGAUCGGUGAAUAUAUCCGGCCCCUUCCGCAGCCUGGUGACAGGCCGGAGCCUCUGUCCGCCAAGCCCACCUUCCUGUCGAGAUCCGGUAGCACAAGAUGCAGAUCUGAGUCAGACAUGGAGAAUGAACGGAAUUCCAAUACCUCCAAGCAGAGAUACUCGGGGAAGGUCCACCUCUGUGUUGCCCGCUAUAGUUACAACCCCUUCGAUGGACCGAACGAGAACCCCGAAGCUGAGCUGCCCCUCACGGCGGGAAAAUACCUCUACGUCUAUGGAGACAUGGAUGAGGAUGGGUUCUAUGAAGGAGAGCUCCUCGAUGGCCAGAGGGGUCUGGUGCCCUCCAACUUCGUGGACUUUGUGCAGGACAACGAGUCGCGGUUGGCAAGCACGCUGGGGAACGAGCAGGAUCAGAACUUCAUCAACCAUUCCGGCAUCGGCCUGGAGGGAGAGCACAUCCUGGACCUCCACUCCCCAACCCACAUAGACGCGGGCAUCACCGACAACAGUGCCGGGACCCUCGACGUGAACAUAGACGACAUCGGAGAAGACAUUGUGCCUUACCCUAGAAAAAUCACCCUCAUCAAACAACUCGCCAAAAGUGUUAUUGUGGGCUGGGAGCCCCCGGCGGUGCCACCAGGAUGGGGAACGGUGAGCAGCUACAACGUCCUGGUGGACAAGGAGACGCGCAUGAACCUCACGCUGGGGAGCAGAACUAAAGCCCUCAUCGAGAAGCUCAACAUGGCAGCCUGCACCUACCGCAUCUCCGUGCAGUGCGUCACCAGCAGGGGCAGCUCGGACGAGCUGCAGUGCACGCUGCUGGUGGGCAAGGACGUGGUGGUGGCCCCCUCCCACCUGCGGGUGGACAACAUCACGCAGAUCUCCGCCCAGCUCUCCUGGCUACCCACCAACAGCAACUACAGCCACGUCAUCUUCCUCAACGAGGAGGAGUUCGACAUCGUCAAGGCCGCCAGGUACAAGUACCAGUUCUUCAAUCUCAGGCCCAACAUGGCCUAUAAGGUGAAGGUUCUGGCCAAACCCCACCAGAUGCCGUGGCAGCUCCCGCUGGAGCAAAGGGAGAAGAAGGAGGCCUUUGUGGAGUUCUCCACGUUGCCUGCAGGACCCCCAGCACCCCCACAAGAUGUUACCGUCCAGGCUGGGGUGACCCCCGCCACCAUCCGGGUCUCCUGGAGACCACCUGUGCUGACGCCCACCGGGCUGUCCAAUGGCGCAAACGUUACUGGCUACGGCGUGUACGCCAAAGGGCAGAGGGUGGCUGAAGUCAUCUUCCCCACGGCAGACAGCACGGCCGUGGAGCUUGUGCGGCUGCGGAGCCUGGAGGCCAAGGGCGUGACCGUGCGGACCCUCUCCGCCCAGGGCGAGUCCGUGGACUCUGCAGUUGCUGCCGUUCCCCCCGAGCUCCUGGUGCCUCCUACCCCCCACCCGAGACCUGCACCCCAAUCAAAGCCAUUAGCAAGUUCUGGAGUCCCCGAAACCAAAGACGAGCACCUGGGUCCCCACGCCAGGAUGGAUGAGGCCUGGGAGCAGAGCCGUGCACCUGGCCCUGUGCAUGGGCACAUGCUGGAGCCGCCCGUGGGCCCCGGAAGGCGGUCGCCCUCACCCAGCCGCAUCCUGCCGCAGCCACAGGGCACCCCAGUGUCCACCACCGUCGCCAAGGCCAUGGCCCGGGAGGCCGCGCAGAGGGUGGCUGAGAGCAGCAGGUUAGAGAAAAGGAGCGUCUUCCUAGAGAGAAGCAGCACGGGGCAGUACGCCGCCUCGGAUGAGGAGGACGCCUAUGACUCUCCAGACUUCAAGAGGAGGGGCGCCUCGGUGGACGACUUCCUGAAAGGCUCUGAACUUGGCAAGCAGCCGCACUGUUGCCAUGGAGACGAGUACCACACAGAGAGCAGCCGGGGGUCUGACCUCUCAGACAUCAUGGAGGAGGACGAGGAGGAGCUGUAUUCUGAAAUGCAGCUGGAAGACGGGGGAAGGAGGCGGCCCAGCGGCACGUCCCACAAUGCCCUCAAGGACUGCACUGAGCAUAGGACCUCGGAAGGCACUUUCUGGGAGCAGCCCGAGCUUCCCCACCAGCCCCACAGGAAGAGACUUUUCAGUAUCCCCGAAGUAGCGGAAGAGGACGGAGAGUGCUGUGGGCUGCUGCACAAGCAGGGUGCAGGGCCGUCCCCCAGGGCCAGGACGGGGCUGGCCAGAGAGCCCAGGCCCGGCAGGCCCUACAGGGGCGACGAGGCCCCUCGGGGCUCCUGGUUCCCGGUGAAGCACAGGGGCUCCGGGGCCGUCCCCCACGUGGAGGACUUCCUUCUGGAAGACAGGGGCUGUCGGUUCAGCCGCUCGGCCACCCGGAGCCCGGACAGCGGCCUGGACUGUGGGAGUGAAGAGGACGAGUCGCGGUUUGGCUUCGGAAACAGCGUGGCCGCGUGCAGCCCAGGCCCUGGCCACUGUCCCUGCAGGAGGGGCCUGAGGCCGCUGCUGGCCCGGCGGCGGACGCUGACCCGGCAGAGCAGCGUGGAGGAGGACUUUGGGGAGCAGGUGGGCCCUGGUGGCCUCCUCAGGAACGAUGACCCCCAGCCCGGCCUGGAGAGGCUGCCCCCCAGGAAGCACGGCUGGGGCGAGCCCACCGAGCACCAAGAUUUUCGGGGUGUCUGGAAGAAAAGCAUAACCAUGCCCGACAGUAGGGCAGCUGCCCCCCACGCAAAGGCACCUCCCAGAGUUGCACAAGGCCCCCCGAUUUUAGGGAACCCAGCCUCUGCAGGACGGGUGGAUCACAUGGGCCGGAGGUUUCCCCGUGGCAGCGCUGGUCCUCAGAGGUCCCGGCCCGUGACAGUCCCAUCCAUCGACGAUUACGGGCGAGACCGCCUUUCUCCAGACUUCUAUGAAGAGUCAGAAACUGACCCUGGUGCCGAAGAGCUCCCGGCCCGGAUCUUUGUGGCUCUCUUUGACUACGACCCGCUCACCAUGUCCCCAAACCCAGAUGCUGCAGAGGAGGAGCUUCCCUUUAAAGAAGGCCAGAUCAUCAAGGUUUAUGGUGAUAAAGACGCUGAUGGAUUCUACCGUGGGGAAACCUGUGCCCGGCUUGGCCUUAUUCCUUGUAACAUGGUCUCUGAGAUACAAGCAGAUGAUGAGGAGAUGAUGGAUCAGCUUCUUAGACAGGGCUUUCUCCCUCUGAAUACACCUGUGGAGAAAAUAGAGAGAAGCAGGAGAAGUGGCAGGCAUCAUUCGGUAUCGACACGGAGAAUGGUGGCCCUGUAUGACUACGAUCCCAGAGAAAGCUCGCCCAACGUCGAUGUCGAGGCUGAACUUACAUUUUGCACAGGAGAUAUUAUUACAGUUUUUGGUGAAAUUGAUGAAGAUGGAUUUUAUUAUGGGGAGCUGAAUGGGCAGAAAGGCCUUGUGCCCUCAAACUUCUUGGAAGAAGUGCCUGACGACGUAGAAGUCUAUCUUUCUGAUGCUCCAUCCCACUACUCUCAAGAUACGCCAAUGCGCUCAAAGACAAAAAGGAAGAAGAGUGUUCAUUUCACACCUUAAUCAGGCAAUGUAGCCUUCACGUAAGUGAGCAACUGAAGAUACCGAUAAAGAUACCAACUUAAGCUACCUUAACCGGGCCAUUGUGGUAGACUUAAGGCUUCAUUGUGGGGUUAAAAAAAAAAGAUACAAAGAAAUAUGUCUCAAAAAACUAUUGGACCUAAAUAAUUAGAAUAUUACGUGGUCUCAGUUGUAAAGCAACUGAAUUUAUAGUGAAGCAAAUCAUCUUUAAUAAUCAUUUCCUACUAUUUGCAUUAAGAAUAUUUGAAAGGCCAACAUUGGGAACAUAUUUCUUAACAAGCUAACUGUGUGUUUACAUAGAGAGAGCUGCAUAUUGCAUUGUUAGCCACUCUUGGAAAAAGCACAACCUAACAAACAUGUUUACUAUAGGAAGCUUUACUUUAGAAACUUAACCCAAGGUCAAGCAGAUGAGUAGUGAACACAGGUGAUCGAGUGUUGGCUCUGAACACUCCAAACACUGGCUCGAAUGGCCAGAACGUGUUUUCCUUAAGUAACCCUGCCUCUACCUUACGAGAGAGCUAUGCUCCUCCUCAAAGCACAAUCAUCCUGUGACAGAAGUUGCUGCAACACGCGUUUGUUGUUGGUAUACCAAUGCAAUACUAAGUUGAUGAAGCACGCAGCUCAAAUGAUCACAUUAGAUGGAAUAGAUGGUAUCUUCAGGUGUACUUUGGGAUGCUUUACUAGGUGUUUUCCAUUAGAAUUAGACCUUGAUUUUAAAUCCAAGCAAGCUUGAAGCCCCUUGGCUUACAGCAUUUGCCUGCUGAAUACUGAACACUCACAUGGCAAGAGUUGCUCUGGAGAGGUAGGGCCAGAGGAAUGCUGCUGCACUGCCAACUCAGGCACAUGCUUAGCUGUAAAGGGAAGCGAGGUGAAGUCGUCCUGCAGCGUAUUAGAGUAAAAGUCUGCCCCUCUGAAGCACUAUUAAGCGCUUAACGUAUAUUGAAAUACUACCAUGUGCUAUCUACUGAGGAAGAUUCAUGUUCAAUUAUUUGGAAAUAAUGCAAGCAUCCACUAAGGGCCUUUAAGCUUUCUUUGAUUAUAAUUAAGGUUCAUUUUAGUUUUUUUUUUUCUUUCAACCAGUGUGCCAUCUCCAAUAUUUCUAUAGUAUACUAACCACCCCAGGAAUGCACUUUAACAAUAUCAGGAUUUUAUAUAACCAAAUAGUUUCAAAUACAACAAAAUUCCCUUUAUGAACUUUCGCUUUUUAAGACUACUGAUGGGUACUCGGCCAACUUUACUAUCAACCUAAUUUCAGAUCAUGUCUCCCCUGCCCUUAGUCUUCAUUUAUGAAGUGAAUUAUUACCUGCCUUAGCUUUGCCAAAGCAACGGCCACCCCGCACUCCCUCGAGACAGAGAAACGGAACCCACACAUUUAUGUCUGGGGCCUCUCUCUGGCGUGCUGUGGGAGAGGACCUUUGCUUCUCAUGGCAUACUUCAACAACUGAAAGAACAAAUGAACCCCCCCUGACCUUUCCUGGUGGGAAACGGGGACAGUACGAUGUUACCAAGUGAAUUCUGUUGUUGGCGCUCACACACUCAAUAAACUGUAACACUGUACCUACUAGGUUCCUCCUGAGGGUUCAGGUACAGCAAGGAGAGCUCCAUCCCCCACAGUCCAUCUCCAUUCGGGGUCACCUACGUCAUCUAUGGGUUCUGGUAGUCCUGGGAGAGGCAGGGAAAUGUCCUCGAAAAAGAAAAAGGGGCUGCUUUCCAAAGGCAAGAAACUGCUGAAAAAGCUGGGUGCAGUGAAAUGAUUCAUGUGCUUCCGGACAACUGCCAAAUCUAUGUAAUUUUCUUUAAUUCCAAACUAGGGCUUUCAUGACUCAAGUACUUCCUAAAAAAACCCAAUCUUCUCCCCUGACACCAGUAGAGAAAUGCACUUUUGCACUACCAACCACUUUAAACCAACCACGAGAACAAAGAGGAGCGGUUGCUCUCUGUCACCGCUGGCAGUCUGCUCUCAUUGUCCAAGCUCUGAUUUGGGAGGUGGGAGGGGACGUCUUAUUAACAAACGGGGGCGCAUAGCUAUCACCUGUAGCUCCCUCCCUACCUGUAAUUCCAGUCUUUGUGCAUUUGUCAUCCGCCCUUAAAGGAAUGAUUUUCAACCUUUCUCCCUUCUCAAAAUGCUUGCCUCAUAAUGCAUAACUUUCACUUUGACUCUGGUCUUGAAAUUCCUAGUUUAAUUCGCCUUGAUGUUCUGCCUUAUAAAUGCACAAUGAUUUGUACUGUCUAAUAAAAACACAGUGUAUACUU